CGGCAGCCGCGCAGGAGGGAAAGUUCGGCAGCGGCGGCAGCAGCGGCAGCAGCAGCGGCGGCGGCGGACAGCCCGCGGGGCGCCUCGGGAUUCUGUUCCCAGUCCAGGGGCCACGGUGGUUGUCACUCGGAAGCAUGGAGGAGCUCUAGUCUCUCCUCUUUUUCUAGUACUUCCAGGUGCUCCCCUGUCUGCUGCUCGUCAGGACUGGGCGGGGAAUACAGGUGUGCAGGCACAGGCUUCAUUUACUGCGCCGCCGCAGCCGCCGCCUGGAGGAGCAUCCUUCCGAAGGGAGACAGCUGUCCUGGGGCGUGGUGCACUGCAAGGCCCAGAGCCGUUCCCGAAGGACAUGGAUGGAGGCCGCGCACGGCAGCUCCAGCACCUGCUCCCCAAGGCCUAGCGCCGGCGGGCCUGCAGCGGGCGGAUAUGCCUCCUGAGUGACGAUGGUCCGCAGGGGGCUGCUGGCGUGGGUGUCCCGGCUGGUGCUGCUCCUGGUGUUGCUGAGCUGCGCACUGUCCGUGCUCUACAUGCUGGCCUGCACCCCAAAGGCUGACGACGCACAGCGGGGGCUGCCCAGGGCCAAUGGCCCCACCGGCAAGGAGGGCUACCAGGCAGCGCUGCAGGAGUGGGAGGAGCAGCACCGUGAUUAUGUGAGCAGCCUCAAGCGGCAGAUCGCCCAGCUCAAGGAGGAGCUGCAGGGCCGCGCCGCAGAGCCGCCACGCCCGGACCUGCUGGCCUUCCUGCGUGCACAGGUGGACAGGGCUGAGGUGCACGCGGGUGUCAAGCUGGCCACCGAGUAUGCCGCUGUGCCUUUCGACAGCUUCACCCUGCAGAAGGUGUACCAGCUGGAGACCGGCCUGACGCGCCACCCCGAGGAGAAGCCGGUGCGCAAGGACAAGCGGGACGAGCUGGUGGAAGCCAUAGAGGCGGCGGUGGAGACCCUCAACAGCCCCGCCGAGAGCGGCCCCGGCCGGCGUGCCUACACGGCCCAGGACUUCGUGGAAGGAAUCUACCGGACAGAGCGGGACAAAGGCACGCUGUACGAGCUCACCUUCAGAGGGGACCACAAGCACGAGUUUCGGCGCCUCGUCCUCUUCCGCCCCUUCGGCCCAAUCCUGAAGGUGAAGAAGGAGAGGCUGGACAUGGCACACACACUCAUCAACGUCAUCGUGCCGCUGGCGAGGAGGGCCGACAAGUUCCGGCAGUUCAUGCAGAACUUCAGAGAGAUGUGCAUUCAGCAGGAUGGGCGGAUUCAUCUCACCGUCGUUUACUUUGGGAAGGAAGAAAUGAAUGAAGUCAAAGGAAUACUCGAGAACACUUCCAAAGCUGCCAACUUCAGGAACUUCACCUUCAUCCAGCUGAACGGGGAGUUCUCCCGGGGCAAGGGCCUGGACGUGGGAGCCCGCUUCUGGAAGGGGAGCAACGUCCUGCUGUUCUUCUGCGACGUCGACAUCUACUUCACGUCGGAGUUUCUCAACACGUGCAGGCUGAACACGCAGCCAGGCAAGAAGGUGUUUUACCCAGUCCUGUUCAGCCAGUACAACCCUGGCAUCAUCUACGGCCAUCACGACGCGGUUCCUCCCUUGGAACAGCAGCUGGUCAUCAAAAAGGAGACUGGAUUUUGGAGAGACUUCGGGUUUGGGAUGACCUGUCAGUACCGGUCAGACUUCAUCAACAUAGGUGGCUUCGACCUGGACAUCAAGGGCUGGGGCGGCGAGGACGUGCACCUGUACCGCAAGUACCUGCACAGCAACCUCAUCGUGGUGCGGACGCCCGUGCGUGGGCUCUUCCACCUCUGGCACGAGAAGCGCUGCGUGGACGAGCUGACCCCGGAGCAGUACAAGAUGUGCAUGCAGUCCAAGGCCAUGAACGAGGCGUCCCACGGGCAGCUGGGCAUGCUGGUCUUCAGGCACGAGAUCGAGGCCCACCUGCGCAAGCAGAAACACAAGACGGGCAGCAAGAAGACUUGAGCAAGGUUUUCUGCUGCUUUCUCCUUCCUGCGAAUUCUUCCCGGCGUGGCUUGCAGCCAGGAAGGGACUUCACGGAGGCGACAGAGGCCAGGAGGAGAGAGCCUCCGAUUUCUCAGUGCCUGCUGGGCUGCGUGCGACGGGAACCAAAGCUCCGCCCUGCCGGCCCCAGGAGCCCAGAUGCCGCACGCCAGGCACCUGACAGGCACACUGCAGGAUGACGCGGGGGUCGCCAUGGUGUUGACGACAAGAGAGCGGAUUGCUGCGGUCGCUGACAUACUCAGGGGGAGGGCCAGUUGUGCAGAGGGCCCAUGAGGGCGGAAGGCAAGCAAGCGGGGCCGGGGUUUGCAGGGGUCCUACCAGGUCACAAAGCAGCCGCGGAGACGCCCUCGGCGCGGUCCCCGUGAGGACCACGAAAGAGGCCACGGGUGUUGUGUCCUUGCCACGCCGAGAUGAGCCAACCCGAAGCCAUCUCGCUCCUCUUCUCAGCUGUUAACCGCCUCCUUUCGUUUAUUUUAAAAUGCACUUUUUGUUUCUUUUUCGCUUGUGAGUUAUAGCUGCUUAUUUAAUUGCCAAUUUGCAGACCUUAACCAAGAGAGCACCUGUUAGCAUCCGCUUUAUGUCGCGUAAGAAGGUGCAGGUGCGUUGCUGGGAUUCCUGUUUUGGAGCAUCAGAUGGACACCACAGCUGAGCCCCCACAGGCGUCCCUGGGUGUCAGAGCCCUGGGCGCGAGGAAAGCUUGGUGUAGGGAGGGAGAGAGAUAGAGAGAGGGAGAGAGAGAGACCCUUUAUCAGAAGGGCAUCUCAGAGGAGGCGCACGGGGACACUGGAGUGGAGACGCAGAAGGAGACGCCCUCACACUGGCCGCAUUUUGAUCUUGAGAAAUCAGAAAACACACGCUCUCCCCCAGGAGAGAUGGGGACCCGUUUCUUACCUGUUUAAAUAAACCAAAGUGUAUAUGAGAACCAAACAAGCUCUUUUUUCAAAGCAGGGUGCUCUUCUUGGCUUCCGGCUUCCACAAGAGGAAAUGCAGGAGAAAAUAUAUUUUGUGGAAGAUCCAUCUGCCUGCCAGAGGCCAGCCGGAUGGGCAUUUUUGCUACCUGUUCACCCACCCCGAGCUCGGUGGAAGUAACUUUACCUAUUUUUUAAAAUGAAGCCGUUCAAUUCAAUCACCAAGACGCUUCAGAUAACUGCAUUUUAUUACAGUCUGAAAGUAUUUUUGAAAAUAAAUAUGGUUAACAUUGAGUGGUUUCCACAUUCAUGUGAAAAUUAUUUAUUUAUUAGCCAGCACCAGAUGCAUGAGCUAAUUAUCUCUCGCGUCCUUGCCUUCUGUUUGCUAACAGAAAACUCCCUGUUUCAAAGCUUCGAGAACAUGCAAGCUGUUGAUGUGGGGGAUGGGUAGGGGAGAAAGGCAUUGUAUUGAUUUGUGCCGGUAGUUCAUAAGAUUUCAUUAAAACCCAAGACAUGGAUGCAAGGUGGCAUUGCAGAGCUAAUAAAAUAUGAGUU